UGAACACCGCACAAAGAGGACACUUAAACCCUGAACAAGACGAGCCUUUCCUCUGUUCUCUGGGAGCCAACAGUUUGAGACCAUGGACACAGCUGCAGUGGUGACUGUACUGGCUCUGGUUCUGGCGAUGACUGGCGUCAGUCAGGCUCUUCACAUCCAAGACAGUCUGGACAAAACUGACAUCCUGCCCGGCUCGGAGGAGAAGAUGGUUGACCACCUGUUGGGGCUGGAGAGUGAAAACAAAGAUAACAGCUUUGAUGAUCGUCUGCUGACCACAGUGCUGAGAGCUCUGCUGCUCGGACCUCAGAGAGAAACCAGGAACUCUGUACUCCAUCAGCCACAGAGGUUUGGCCGUGGCUCCAGAGGGCAGGUAGUGUCGGAGGAUCAGAUACAUUCCCGUGAUUGGGAGGCUGCCCCUGGUCAGAUCUGGAGUAUGGCUGUGCCCCAGAGAUUUGGAAAGAAAUAAUUUGGCAGGCGGAUCCACACAUCACUGUCCUGGCAUAAUGCCAAGCAGUGGGCAACUGUGGGGAGACAAAAUUUUAAUGAAUAAAUCUAAAUUAUAUUAAAACUAUGAUGUUUUUUUAACAUUGUCCCAGCCCAUUAGGUUUACUUUACACAGAACGUUUAGUUAAAGAUGAUAUGAGCUUCAUUUUACUGUUUUUUCUCAGAUUUCCAACACUGCAAAGCAUGUAGAUGAGUGCCUAUUA